AUGACUUAUGAAUCUUCUUCAUUAAUGCCUCCCAAAUCAUCAAUUUUUGCACAAAAAUCAAUUCUAAAACCUUCAAGUACAUCAAAUUCACCUAUUUUAUAUACUUCAAACCAUCCACCAAAAUCUCCUUUAUUAACACCAAAAUCUCCUUUAUUGCUACCAAAAUCUCCUUUAUUACCACCAAAAUCACCAAAUCUUUCACCAAAUAAACCGAGGUCUAAUCCUAUAAUUGGUUUGUUAGAUACUGAAGAAGAAUAUGUUGAAGAAUUAACAUCUUUAAUCAAGAGAAUAAUAAAUACCACUAGUUGGAAAUAUGAUAAUCCUUCCCCAGAAUUAAAUGUCAUGUUUCGUUAUAUCAAUGAUAUUUAUAAAGAAAAUAAUGAUUUUUGUUCAAGACUUGGUAAAGUUGAUGUAAAUCCUAAUAAUCCUCAUUCAAUUCAAGCCAUUGCAGAUAUUUUAAUGACAUGGGAUCUCUCUUCAAAAAAAAAUCGACUUGUAACAUUAGAUUACUUUUUCGAAUUACCUUUAAAACGAAUUCAUUAUUAUAAAAAUUUAUAUGCGCGCUUAUACAAAAGUUCGGAACCUGGACGAUCAGACCAUGAACUUUUAGCCAAAACAAAUCAACGUAUAGACUAUUUAAUAGAGUUAGCUAGAGAAUCAGAAAAUAGACCAGAAAUUAGACCAAAAAUUCAUGAUACCAAAAGAAAUAAUAAAAUUGCUAAAAAUCAAAUUAAUAAUGUAAAUAAUCAAGAUAAUAAGAAUUGGGAUUUGAUGGAUUUGGAAUCUAAGCUUGAUGAUUCCCGAAUUAUGGAUUUAUUUACUAAAUCUUCAAAGCGACUUAAAAUAAAACUUCAACCUGCUAACUUGCCAUUCCGUCGAGAAUUAAUUCUUCACGAGGAUUUUAUUGUAAUUUUACCUGAUGCCAAUGAUAAUUCACAUAAAGCUCAUGUAAAAGCUCACUUGUUCUUGUUCACCGAUAUGCUAUUAAUUUGUCAAAAAUUAAAUGAUGAAGAAAAGAGAUCUAACCCUACAAAGGAAUUUUUGAUUUUAUAUCCUCCUCUUAGCGGAAGACAUUUGACUGUACUUGACAUUAAUGAUGAUAAAGAAGAUUUAUUUCAGAUAACUGUGAUGGAGAAAAUAAUUCUCGUAAUAUUUUCAGAGAAUAAAGGGCGUAAAAAUUUUUGGAUAAAAGAAAUCUUCAAAAUGAUUGAAUUCGCUUAUAAUGCUGCUCGUAAUACUGACACCACAAAGAAAAUUCCACCACGUAAAGAUUCUCAUCCGUUAUCUAACAAUGAUAAUAAUUCACCAACGAGAUCCCGUCAAAAUUCAGAAGAUUCGAAAAGAAAUAAUUUCAUAAGUGAAAGUACAAUGGACACAAGUGAGAAUGAUAAUUUAUUCAUAGAAACAUUAUUUCAAUCAUCCAUAUGUAAUAUUUCAAUUUGGAAAGAUAAUGGAUGGAGACCAUUUACUACCCAAGAUGAAUGUUAUAUUGAAUUAAGGUUAACAACUGAAAAGAAAUGUUAUAUGAUGAUAAUGUCAAAGGAAAGGAAAAGAAUAAUUCAUCAUAUAUUUAUUGGUCCAAGUCCAUCAUCAAUAUAUUUACAACGAGAGUCACCAUGCAUUAUUAAUAUAACAUGUGAGAUAGGACCACAAAAAGAUUAUUUUAAUAUAUUUUUACCAACACCAAUGGAGACUGAUAAAUUUUUAUCAUGUGUAAACAAUUUUCGGAAUUCUCUUUCAUCCCCAACUUCAUCAUCUUCUCCACCUUCAUUAUCUUCUCCACCUUCAUCAUUUCCAUCGCCAACACUUUUUAAUAAACAAACAAUAGCAAAAUUCGCACCUCGAACAUCAUCACUACAAAAACAUCAAUCAAAUGAUUAUAUUAAAGAGUUAGAAAGUAUGUCAGUUAUGGAAUCCAGAUGUCGAAUAUUUUUAAAUAAUGAACACGCAAUUUGGACUAAUUUUGGUUGGGGAAAAGUACAAGUGAUAUUGGAAACUCCAUCAAAUAAGAAGAGAAUUAUAAUUAUCUUGGAUAAACAGAAAUCCAAGUUAGUUGAUUCAAUUAUUUGGGAAACUGGAGUGGAGAAAGUAGGAAAAUUAGGUAUAGCUAUUACCAUAAAUAAUAAUAAUAAUACGUCUACGUCUAGAACACCCUAA